CCUCCACUUGCAUCAGCACCAUUUCUGGCAUCCUCAUUAAACACGCACACACACACACACACACACCCUGAAACUGCCCACCUCCCAGGAGCGUAGAGGCGUCAGAACCCGGAUGCGCUCCGUCCUGAAGGCCACAUCGACGGAUCACAGCGUGAGCAGCUGAAAGGAAGCCGUCAGAACCGGGCUCGCGCACUGCCACAGCCAGUCUACUGUCAGUGAUGGAGAGCCUGCUGGACAAUCCAAUGAAAGCCGUCCUGUAUCUGAAGGAGCUCACCACCAUCGUCCAGAACCAGCAGAGUCUGAUCCAGACGCAGCGCCAGCGCAUCGACGACCUCGAGCGCAAAGUGGAGGACCUGAUCGGAGAGAACCGACAGCUGCGGGACCCCCACCUCUACGUCCAGCAGCCCUCUCAGCAACACUACCAUCACCACCACCAUCACCCAUCUCACCGCAGCGCCAGUCCCCAAGCCCCGGCCCACCUCCACCAGCACCCGGGGAGCAGCAGCAAGGCUGCGGCGCACCUCGGCCAGCAGCAGCAGCAGCAGCAGCAGCUGGUCACCAACCAGGCGGCCCAGCCUCAGCAGCACCCCCCUGCCCCCCCCUCACACCACCCGCAGCAACUGCAGCUCGUCCCCACCUCCCCGCAGUCCCCCAAAGUGAGCCAAGCCGGUUCGGAGCCCUCGGAGGAGGACAAGAGGAGCGCUUGCUGCAAGUCCCUGGUUCCGCAGACCCCCUCCACCCUCUGCCGCUCCGUGGGACUCCCCAGGAAAGCAGACAACCCAACAGUGCUUCACCAGUUCUGCUGUCCAGCCCCGGAAGCACCCGAAGGGGAGACCUCCACAGCCUGUGUCCCCAGUGAUGAACUUUCUCCAGACUCAUCUAUGGGAAAGGAAGGGAUGGGAGGUGAGGGGGAGCUGCAGGGUGAGACCCAGUCUCAACCACAGCCAGAACCAGAACCACCACAACAGCAGGCCCAUCAGCAGCAGGAGGAGAUUCAGCCACAAACUCUGCCACCACAGCCUCAAUCUGAUCCUGAACCACAGAUUCAGCUUCAGAAGGAUCCUGAAGUCGAAGCCUGGUCAGAACCUGAACCUUGGCUGGAGCCCGAGUCUCAACUGGAGCCCGAGCCUCAGCCUCAGCCCCAAGUGGAGGUGGUGAGUGAGGCACCAGCGCCACCACAGGAUGCCCCUGAAGCUCCUUCGCCUUGCAAAGAAGAGCACAAGGAAAUUGAGCAAGAUACUCAAAAGCCAGAGGAAGUCAUCGAGACGAAGCCAAAGCAAGAGGGGGAUGAGUUGCAAAGUGAAAGUGGCAAGGCCAAGGCAGUGCAGGAGGAAGAGGAUGAGGAAGAGGGAGGAGCCAAAGGAGGCGGUACGGGGAGGAGAGCCAGUCUACAUCACACGGCCUCGCCCCUGAGGGUGCAGCGCAACGGGGCCGGCUCGCACUCCGCCUCUGACUAUGAGCUCUCGCUUGACCUCAAAAACAAGCAGAUCGAAAUGUUAGAGCACAAAUAUGGCGGCCACCUCAUCUCCCGCCGCGCUGCCUGCAAGAUCCAGACUGCCUUCCGCCAGUACCAGCUCAGCAAAAACUUUGAGAAGAUCCGCAACUCACUUCUGGAGAGCCGUCUGCCUCGACGCAUCUCCCUGCGCAAGGUCCGUGUGCAAAACACCGAGGGUUUCUCUGCUGAGCGGGCUCUGGCAGAAGGCUGCAACCUGGCAGGCAUUCCACUGGUGCGCUCGCCGUCUCUGCCUGCCACCGUUGGUAGCACCCUGACUGACCUGGAAGACUCGUUCACCGAACAGGUCCAGUCGCUUGCCAAGUCUAUAGACGAUGCGCUAAGCAACUGGAGCCUCAAGACCAUGUGCUCGCUACAAGAAGGCGGCACGUAUCAGUUCAGUGCCGACUCUUUCAAUGCAGCAGCGGCGGCGGCAGCUUCCGGAGGAGUUACAGGAGGAGGUGGUGGUGAGGGAGAUGGUGUGGGACAGUCAACUAUUCAGCAAGGCCCAGUGGACCCAAGUGACCUGUCCAGAAGUGCAAGUAAGCUGAUGAUGGCAUUUCGGGAUGUGACGGUGCAGAUUGACAGUCAGAACAUUAGAGUUUCAUCCUCAGUCAUGGAGUCAUCUUCUUCAGUCACACUUGGAAGCUGCAUACAGGAAGGAACCGCCACCACCGUAACAUCAAACCCCUCAUCGCUGUCUGCCCCAGAUGGUUCCUCACAAGAACCCCCUUCUCUACCUCCAGGGGCCCUAAGCGAGCCAAUAAAUAUGCCGCCUCCACCACAAGAGCCCCCACCACCCCCUGAAACAGAGCUCCAGGAAGGUGAAGAUGUAGAAUUUCCCGCCCCACCUCCAAGUGAAGAGGAACUACUAGAAGAGUUUCAGCCUCCUCUAACACCUCUUGAUAAAACAGCUGCCCCUCAAAGACUGGAGGAAGCCCCCCCACCUCCUCCACCUCCACCAACAGAACCCGCUCGUGUCCCCCCACACCAAGAAGCCAUGCCGUUGGGGAGCUCUCUUGUGGUGGAGCCUAUUGAUGUUAAGAGAUGUGGCUCGGAGACGGCAGAUAACAGCUCGGAGCAGAUGAGCAGCAGCAGCACAUCAACGGAGGCCCGCUCGACCUCUGAAGCCUCGUCCAAGGAGGCACUGCAGGCCAUGAUCCUCAGCCUUCCACGGUACCACUGUGAGAACCCAGCCAGCUGCAAGUCCCCCACACUGUCUACAGACAUCAUGAGGAAACGCCUUUACCGGAUCGGCCUCAACCUCUUCAACCUAAAUCCUGAUAAAGGCCUCCAGUUCCUGAUUUCUCGGGGCUUCAUCCCAGAUACGCCCAUCGGCGUGGCCCACUUCCUGCUGCAGAGGAAAGGUCUGAGUCGACAGAUGAUCGGAGAAUUCCUCGGAAACAGCAAGAAGCCGUUCAACAGGGAUGUCCUAGAUUGUGUGGUGGAUGAAAUGGACUUCUCAGGGAUGGAGCUGGAUGAAGCACUGAGGAAGUUUCAGGCCCACAUCCGUGUCCAGGGAGAAGCCCAGAAGGUGGAACGCCUUAUAGAAGCCUUCAGCCAGCGCUACUGCAUGUGUAACCCUGACGUGGUGCAGCAGUUUCAUAAUCCAGACACCAUCUUCAUCCUGGCCUUCGCCAUCAUUCUGCUCAACACCGACAUGUACAGCCCCAACAUCAAGCCAGACCGCAAGAUGCUGUUGGAGGAUUUCAUACGCAAUCUACGAGGUGUGGACGAUGGAGCGGACAUACCCAGAGACAUGGUGGUGGGCAUCUACGAAAGAAUACAACUGAGAGAGUUGUGCUCCAAUGAAGACCACGUCACCUACGUCUCCAAGGUGGAGCAGUCCAUCGUAGGCAUGAAAACAGUUCUCUCUGUCCCUCACAGAAGACUCGUGUGCUGCAGUCGACUUUUCGAGGUGACAGAUGUCAACAAGGCCCAGAAACAGGCAGCACACCAGAGGGAAGUCUUCCUGUUCAACGAUCUCCUUGUGAUCUUGAAGCUUUGUCCAAAGAAGAAGAGUUCUGCUGCCUACACUUUCUGCAAAGCCAUGGGCCUGCUCGGCAUGCAGUUUCAUCUUUUUGAAAACGAAUACUACCCUCAUGGAAUCACAAUCCUCUCCCCAUAUGGCUCAGACAAGAAGCAGGUACUCCACUUCUGUGCCCAAAGUGCAGAGGAGCUGCUCAAGUUUGUAGAAGACCUGAAGGAGUCCAUCGCAGAGGUGUCUGAGAUGGAGCAGAUACGCAUCGAGUGGGAGCUGGAAAAGCAGCAGGGAGCCAAGACAUACUCUGUUAAGAGCAACGGCACACAGCGAGAGCUAAGCAGCAAGCAGGGCUCCCUGUCAGGAAACCAGGAAAUCGACGACAGAAGUGGACAGAAUGCAGUAGAGGUGUCAAUUCACAACAGGCUUCAGACGUCCCAGCUCAGCAACAGCAGCACGGCUCGGAGUGUCGAGAGCGUGGCCCUUCUUAACAACCGGGGAGAGCUGCUUUUCCAGCAGGACCCCCAGGGGUUAACGCACUGGCCGACGCCUCCGCCUCAGCACCCGCAGCUGCAGUCGGCGGCAAGCACCCCCGUCCACCAUUUCCCCAUCCAGCAGCCCCAAACCGCUGCCAGCAUGGCGGACCUGCGACCCGAGGCGCUCAUCCAGUGUCAGCAGAUCGUCAAAGUCAUCAUGCUUGACAACAGCGGCCAUGGCCGCGUGGAGGCCUUCCUCAGCCAGACGCCCACCCACCACCACUACCAGCACCGCCACCACAGCCUCCACCAGCUCAGUCAGUCCGCCAUGUCCACCCCUGUCCGAUCGCCGGAUGGCUCCCACGAUGGCCACCAACCCCCGCUACCUCCCCCGCCACCCCCUUACAACCACCCACACCAGUACAUACCUCCAGACCCCCGCCUCACUUUACACCGGACCGCGAGCGGCUCUCGGAGCAUGGUGUAAAUAACACUCACUCCCUGAGACGCAGAUCAAAUGUCCACAUAAACUCCCCCUUCUGACUAUUUUACAUUAUGUAAAUCGGGUAUAAUUAAAUGAAAGAGCUAUAAUAAUAAAAAAAAUCUACUUAUAUGCAUAUAUUUAAGUAAAAAAAACACUAAAACACAAAGGUUUUAAACCAGAAUAGAAGGAAUAAAGUGCAUAUAUAUAUAAUGUUUUACUUGACUCCUCAUGUAUUUUGAAAUAUUAUGUAGUUUUAAC